CCAACAACAGACAUUUUGAUUGGCUAAUUCCACCGAUCGGUCUGCCUCGAGCGUUCGCUGCUGAACGGGCCGGGGUUUAUUGUUCCUCCGAGUCAAGAGGCGAAAUAGAUUGUAGACAGACCUCCCCGGAUCCCAUUCAAAGUAAUAAUUUGCUGAAAUGGCUGGAGGAAAGGCAGGUAAAGACAGUGGCAAGGCCAAGGCAAAAGCAGUGUCUCGCUCACAAAGGGCUGGACUUCAGUUCCCAGUGGGUCGUAUCCACAGGCACUUGAAGACCCGCACUACAAGCCAUGGUCGUGUAGGAGCAACAGCAGCCGUCUACAGUGCAGCCAUCCUUGAAUAUCUCACAGCUGAAGUUUUGGAGUUGGCAGGAAAUGCUUCAAAAGAUCUGAAGGUGAAGCGUAUUACUCCUCGCCAUCUACAACUGGCCAUUCGUGGAGACGAGGAGUUGGACUCCCUCAUCAAGGCAACCAUUGCUGGUGGUGGUGUGAUUCCUCACAUCCAUAAGUCCCUGAUUGGUAAGAAGGGCCAGCAGAAGACUGUGUAAUUCCUGUUGGGGUCGCUAUGCUGACAUGGACUCAAGAACUUGCGUUUGGGAUGUGUGACCAGAUCGGCUUGUUCAUGUUCAUCCAUUCUCUUUUUUUUUUUUUAAGUUAAUAUUAAUGUUAUACUAGCUAACCACAAGUGAUUUGUAGAGUUUUGUGUUAAUGUUAUAUCGCCAAAAC